AUGGAUCCCGUAAGAAUGGCCACAGCACUGUCGUUCCUAGCAAGGAACAUAAUCCCAACAUUUUAUCUUAAAAAUCAAAGCUUUAGGCCUUUCUCUUUCCACAAAUUAGGACCCAGAAAAGCAAACAAAGGGUUAACUAACGCUCUAAGAGUCCUUAAACUCGUAUCACCCAAAAAAAAUGUCACUGAUAUUGAAAAUCGUCGAAGUCAUCUUAGGCUAGUUGAAGACAUUUUAGACAACACUGCAAUAAAUCCUCUUUGUGAUAGUUCAGUUAUUUUAAAGACCGUUGCUGAAACCACGGUUGAAUCCUCUGUUCUUGAUAUGGAACAAGGAUUGGGAAUUGAUGUGUGUUUUUUGUCCCAUGCUUUAAGUUCAUGUGGGUACACACGUGACCUUUAUGGAGGUAUUCAGUAUCACUGUUUGGCGAUAGCGACUGGGUUCAUUGCUAAUGUUUAUGUUGGAAGCUCUUUGAUAAGUUUGUACGGCAGAUGUGGAUUGUUAAGGGAUGCAUACUGCGUGUUUGAUGAAAUGCCUGAGAGGAAUGUAGUUUCGUGGACGGCGAUCAUUGCUGGGUUUGCGCAAGAAUGGUGCGUUGACAUGUGUUUGGAACUCUUCCAUGAGAUGAGGGGUUUGGAAUUGAAACCUAAUUAUUUUACUUACACUAGUCUGCUUAGUGCUUGUAUGAGCAGUGGAGCACUUGGUCAUGGGAGAGGUAUCCACGGUCAAAUAAUUCGAAUGGGUUUUCUUUGUAAUCUCCAUGUCGAAAAUGCUCUUAUUGCUAUGUAUUCCAAAUGUGGAGCAAUUGAUGAUGCGUUUUACAUAUUUGAAAACAUGGUGAAUAAGGAUGUUGUAACAUGGAACUCUAUGAUUGUUGGGUAUGCACACCAUGGGCUUGCACAAGAGGCAAUUAGUCUCUUUGAAGAGAUGAUAAAGCAAGGUGUUAAUCCAGAUGCUGUAACUUUCCUUGGCAUCUUAUCCUCGUGUCGGCAUGGAGGUCUUGUUAAAGAAGGUCAAAUUUACUUCAGUUCCAUGGUUGAUCAUGGUUUGCAGCCAGAACUAGAUCAUUAUUCUUGUAUUGUAGACCUUCUUGGUCGAGCUGGUUUGCUUCUUGAGGCUCUUGAUUUCAUAAAAAAUAUGCCUGUCUGUCCUAAUGCUGUGAUAUGGGGUUCCCUGCUUUCUUCUUCUAGACUUCAUGGAAGUGUUUGGAUUGGCAUUCGAGCAGCGGAAAGCAGGUUAUCGUUGGAACCCGGGUGCUCAGCAACACUUCUUCAGCUGGCAAAUCUGUAUGCAAGUGUUGGUUGGUGGAAUCAUGUAGCUCGUGUGCGGAAAUUGAUGAAAGACAAAGGUCUAAAACCAAAUCCUGGUUGUAGUUGGAUUGAAGUAAAAAAUAAAGUCCACAGAUUUGAAGCGCAAGAUAAGUCAAACAGUAGAAUGAAUGAUAUUCUUUUGAUAACGGAAAACCUUGUAGACCACAUGAGUGGCUUAAGCCUUCAGUCUAAGAUGUCUGAGGAAAAUAUUUGGUUUUCAUAA